AUACAGACUGAUUCUACAAACAUUUGUGAAAUAAUGGGUCGCUCUCAGGAGGUCAGUGAAUUCAAGCGUGGUACUGUGACAGGUUGCCACCUGUGCAAUAAGUCCAUCCAUAAAAUUUCCUUGCUACUAAAUAUUCCACGGUCAACUGUUAGUGGUAUUAUAACAAAGUGGAAGCAACUGGGAACAACAGCAACUCAGCCACCAAGUGAGUGGGGUCAGCGCAUGCUGAAGCGCACGGUGCGCAGAAGUCACCAACUGUCUGCAGAGUCAAUAGGUAAAGACCUCCAAACUUCGUGUGGCCUUCAGAUUAGCACCGUGACAAUGCAUAGAGAGCUUCAUGGGAUGGGUUUCUGUGGCCAA